ACCAUGAGCUCGGGCACGCCCUACAUCGGCAGCAAGAUCAGCCUCAUCUCCAAGGCUCAGAUCCGCUAUGAGGGAAUCUUAUACACCAUCGAUACAGACAACUCCACUGUGGCUCUGGCUAAAGUGAGGUCCUUUGGCACGGAAGGGCGACCUACAGACCGACCCGUACCACCACGGGAUGAGGUGUUUGAUUACAUAAUCUUCAGAGGAAGUGACAUCAAAGACAUUACGGUGUGUGAGCCACCAAAGCUACACCAUGGUCUGCCUCAGGAUCCCGCAAUCGUUCAGUCAUCUGUGGGCAGUUCGUCUUUACCGUAUGGGCCUCAGGGAGGUUACAGUCCCUACAGGAGCAUGAUGCCACCUUAUAACCCACUUGCUGCCAGCUCUCUGCUCAAUCAGCAGUAUGCUGCUGCACUCAGCCUGGGAGCAGGACUGCAUGGCCCUCUGAGAAGAGGUCCCAUGGUUGAACAGGCUGUCCAGACGAUGCCUAUGGAAAAUCCAGCUCCCAAAAAAGGCUUGGCAUCACAACAGCCAGGCCGUGAAGACGGCAGGGUGCAGCGAGGCAGAGGAAGUCCUCAAGCACAGAGCAGCACAGUGUCUGAGAAUGCCCAGCAAGAUGUACAAGGGCAGAAUCAAGCUAAUGAUGAAAACAGACCACCACAGAGGAGGAGACAAGGCAAUCGCCGAUCCCGCAAUCGCAACAGAGGUCAAAUUAUUGUCUCACAGACGAGGCCCACUACCCUUCAGUUUGAGUCGGAUUUUGAUUUUGAAACUGCUAAUGCGCAGUUCAACAAGGAUGAGCUCAAGGACAUUCAAGGCAACUCUGAAAGCAAAGAGGGGAAGGAAAAAUCAGACUCUGGAGUGGAUACUCAGAAUGGUGAGGGAGCAGCAGAUGAGCCGUUUGGCCCAAAGCGCUUCUACAACAAGGCCAAAAGCUUCUUUGACAACAUUUCUUCUGAACUCAAAUCAAGACGUACAACGUGGGCAGAGGAGCGCAAGCUAAAUGUGGAGACAUUUGGCGUUCCUGGUCGCUUCCUGAGAGGCCGUGGGUUUCGUGGUGGGAUGAGAGGGAGGAGGGGAAGAGGGAUGAAUCAGCGCACAUCUCAACCUGCCGUUGGGAGUGGUAGGGUGUGAUGGAUCUAGAUUUCUUCAGGCUGCCACAGUGGUCUUGUAAAUACAGAAUUUCUCCUUUUCUUUAUGAAAUUUUCAGUUGGGGUCCUGCACUUUAACU